UGUUAUGAGUUAUAUAACUAUUAAAAUAUUCACUAAUUAGUCAUAACCAAGUGGCAAACUUAAUAAUUUACCACAUAUCAUAUUUACACUAAUUAUUAUUUUUUCAAAAAAAAAGUUUACCUAUUGUUUUCGAUGACCAAUCAAAGUCCUAAGUAAAAUAAAAAUCAGAAGAUUGUUGAAGUAAAAAAAACACUUACAGCUGUAGGAAAAACCCUUACAGUUGCAUCUCUCUAUCUCUCCCUAACACCGUGCAUAGCAAGAGCUUUAGUGCACCAGAUUGCCCUCAAUAAAAGUUAAAUAUUAAUCUUAUAGUACAAUAGAUUUAGGGUUCUUCCGGUUAAUUAGCAAUUGCUACUGCUGUUGCUGGUUUUCUUUUUUUUCUUUCCAGAGGCAAAGAUAUGAAAGAACUGAAGAUAGUUUGGACUAUUAUUAUGUUAUUUGGAUUAUUUAUGGCCUGCUUUGUCGGGAUUAUUAUGAACCCUAGGGUUGGGAUUGAUAAUUCAAAUUCUAAGGCUGAAUCUGAAGAAGAUCUGAGUGAAGAAUUGUUAAAACUGUCCAUCCCUAUUCCAACUCAAAACUGUCACUUUGCUACUUCCCAAGGAAGAAGAUUAUAUCAGGAGGAUCAAGUAACAUGUAACGUUAAUCUUAAGUUCCCUUUGUUAGGGCGUGACGGCAUUGAAGAGGUGGCGGUUGGCGCGGUGGCAGUCUUUGAUGGUCAUAUUGGACAUGUUGCUAGUCAGAUGGCAUCCGAUGUGUUUUUGGAUAAGCUCAUGCUCAAGGUUGCUUUAGAAGAGAAUUAUUAUUCGGGGUACACGACAAUCAUGUUUUAGUUGCUAAUGUUGGUGAUUCAAAGGCUUUUCUUUGUUCACAUGAAGCCGAUAUGGCAUCAUAGCUGAUCCAGAGAUCACUGAUUGGCUAUCUUUAGCAUCAAAGGACAAGUUUUUGGUGGUGGAUUUUCUAAAUGAAGUAGAGGACCAUUCAGAUCCAUCAUUAUUGGCUCAACAACUCAUUCAGAGGGAAGCAAAGACAAUUUGUCAGUUGUUUUGGUUCCCUUGGGAUCAUGACACCUCCUAUACAUGGUUUAUCAACAGUUUUACAAAGUUCUUAGUAUGCAUGAGAUUUGUUUGUCUUAUACGUGUUUCAACUUUUUUUUUUUUUUUUUUGUUUAUUGAGUUGGAGAUUUUGGUCAAUAAAGUGCAACUAUUUUUUUUUCUUAAAAAAAAAAACUAUAAC